AUGGAUGUGGGCAGCAAAGAGGUCUUGAUGGAGAGCCCGCCGGACUACUCAGCAGCCCCCCGGGGCCGGUUCGGCAUCCCCUGCUGCCCUGUGCACCUCAAACGCCUUCUCAUCGUGGUUGUGGUGGUGGUCCUUGUCGUCGUGGUGAUUGUAGGGGCCCUGCUUAUGGGUCUUCACAUGAGCCAGAAACACACUGAGAUGGUCCUAGAGAUGAGCAUUGCGGGGCCGGAAACCCAGCAACGUGUGGCCCUGAGUGAGCGUGUGGGCACCACCGCCACUUUCCCCAUUGGCUCCACUGGCAUCGCAGUGUACGACUACCAGCGGCUCCUGAUUGCCUACAAGCCGGCUGUGGGAACUUGCUGCUACAUUGUGAAGAUGGCUCCUGACCGCAUCCCCAACCUUGAGGCUCUCACUAGAAGGCUGCAGAACCUCCAGAUGAGGUGCUCUUUCCAGGUCACGCCUGCAGCACCUCCCUCUAAGCUGGGCCAAGAGGAGGAUCGUGAUACCCGUUCAGUGUCCUCCAGGAACCUGGACUUCCUGGGCCCCGCCCUGAGCACCCUGUGUGGUGAAGUGCCCCUCUACUACAUCUAG